CAAAAAGAACACCAGAUUAAACAUCAUUCCAAAUUCCAGCAACAGAUAUCGAUUGCCAGCGACAACGAAAUUUAAUUCUGAUGUCGCGUAUGAUCAGCAGGGAUGAAAUCCCGCGGGAUAGGAGCUUAGUCCAGGAGUUACGAAGUGAAAUUAGCCGCCACUCGGCGGAAAUCAGCUUUAACUUCUGGCAGGAGUUCGAACAGAUCCGGUCCACUCAGCAGAAUCGCCUGGCGGAGGAGCGUUUGCAGCGGCAAAGGAUCAGCACGAUGAUGCGGGAUGGCCAACAGGAGGUCAAUGAGGAGGCUGAAGCUCUUAGUCGAUCCAUUAGUGCGCAUGGAAUGACGGUGAAUUCAACAAACUUACCAUCACCCUUGGCAGCAGCACCCACGGCCUCCUUGCUAAAGAACUCUUUGGUUCAAGAAGUCCGCAAUUUGUCCACUCGCCAAAAUCCGGGUUUUAAACGCAAGCCACAAAAGCAGAAAUUUCAAUUUUCCAGGACCAACAAGUCGAAGGCAAAGCCCAAAACCGAAGAUGAACCAACGUUGCCAUCGCCAGCACCCUCACAUAUUCCAAGAGCACCACCCACUUCAAGGGCCACCAUGGUAACUCCAAAUAUAUCCAAUGGAGUUACUCCCAACAUAUCAAAGAUGCGAUUGGCCAACAAACCCAAGAAAUAACGAUUUUAAUGUAUCCUUACUAAAUUGUAUUUCAGACAGCCAGAAAGCGAGACUUCAAGAUCAAAGAUUUUAAGAUAUGCAGUUUAAAUAGUUAACAUUGCAAAAAUAAAGCCUCAUGUAAAAGUGAAA